GCACUGUUGGACCAGUGUAAUAAGUUGAAAUGAGACAAGUAUAUGUUUUCUUACUUUCUCACUUAUGCAGUGUGGCUAAAAAGAACAGGCCAUUUGUCAUGAUGUCCCUCGAGUCUGUAUACGCGUGUGUGAAUUGUGUGUUUCUUACAUGAAUUAUAAAAAAAUAUGGCUUUAUAUUUAUCGAAUAUCAUUACGUAUUCAACGCAAUGAAUUGAAGAUGAAUGUAAAAUGAUGGGAUAGUAAUAAUCAUAUUUUAAGGUUACGCAAUUUUGAAGUAAUAAAUAACAAAAUUAAAUGCAAAUUGUAGAACAUCGUAAUAAUAUUCAAACUGUUACCUCGAUAUGCGCAGGCAUCUGCUUUUUUUGGAACACUUAACAUCAUCAUGGAGAUGUGACAUUUUUAAGCCGAGCUUGAAAAGAAUGUACAAAACACAAGCGAGUGAUAGAACCAAGGAAUAUGAAGGCCGCAAAUUAGUUGGGUUUUCUGCAAAGAAAAUGUUUUAUGUGGUUUCCGAUGUAGAAAAUUAUAGAGAAUUCUUACCAUUCUGCAAGAAAUCUGAUAUUACAUUAAAAACCAAAGACUCUCUGAAGGCUAACUUGGUAAUAGGAUUCCCACCUAUAAACGAAAGUUACACUUCCAAAGUGACAAUGGUGUAUCCGAGAUUAGUAAAGGCAGAAUGUAAAGACGGCAGAUUGUUUGAUCACUUGGACACAUUGUGGAUCUUUAGGUCAGGACUGAAGAACAAUCCCGAAACGUGUGUGAUCGACUUUUCCUUGUCUUUUGAGUUCAAGUCCAUUAUUUAUUCUCAUUUGUCAAAUUUCUUUUUUAAUGAAAUUGUGAGACAAAUGGAGAAUGCCUUCCUUGAAGAGGCUAAAAGAAGGUACGGCCAACCAUGUUUAAAGGCUGUACAGCUGCAAAGGUGACUGAGCCAAAUAUUUAGAAUGUAAAUAGUAUUUGUCCCCUGAUGGAAAUAUUUUACCGAAAUAUAAUGAAAACCUCUCUCAAUU